GGAAAGAGGGCGCGCGCUGCCUCCACUUCCCUGGGAAGGGCGCGCGCACACACAGCCACUUGUAUGUCUCUCUCUCUCUCGGUGGCUGCAAGUGGGCUCUUUUCCUCGGGACGCAACUGAGGCCAAGUCCAGCCCUUGUGCCAAGAGAGAGAGCCUUGCAGAGCCCGGCAGGGAGGGCUCCUGCGUUUGCAAAGCGGCUUUGCUGGGCUGAUUAGAGGAGAGGAGCCUCCUUGGCCAGGAAAGACUCACAGACAUGAUCUAGAAAGCCUAAUCUUCUGCUGUUUUGGUGAUGGAGCUGAAGGUCUGGGUGGAUGGUGUCCAGCGGGUGGUAUGUGGUGUCUCAGAUCAGACCACCUGCCAGGAAAUUGUCAUAGCUUUGGCACGUGCCAUUGGUCAAACGGGUCGGUAUGUUCUCAUCCAAAGGCUACGGGAGAAAGAGAGGCAGCUUCUUCCCCAUGAAUGUCCUGUAGAGUCUCUGGCCAAGUGUGGACAAUAUGCUAACGACGUACAGUUUAUAUUGCAGCGCACAGGCCCCAGCCUCGCAGAGAGGCCUUCUUCAGACAAUGCCCCCCAGGUACCUGAGAGGACGUUUGUCAGAGCCAGCCUGCCCAUCAAACCUCGGCCAGUCAGCACAGAAGUGCCCAGGCCCAGGCCCCCUAAAAAAUCCUUAACUUUCAACUUGGGUUCUGUGUCUUCUAGUGAGGUGCUUGCCAAAAGCAAGCUGAGGCAGCACAAGAAGGACGCUGCUCUGGGCUUGAAGGAUGGUGCCAGUGGGGGGCUCCUGUCCAAGGAGGAGCUGUUCAGGACUGUUCUGCACCAACAGGAGCACCUCUACUCCCUGGAGAGACAGGGGGAUGCUUUGGAAUUGGAUAUCAGGCACUGGGAAUCCAGUAGGGGCACCCCCCCGGAGGAAGAGCUUCUACAUCUGGAGCAGGUAAUCCGGCAAAAUGAGAGUGAGCUGAGCGAGGAAGAGUUUUGGCAAAGCGAACUGCACUCUGAGAAAGUGUGUGAAAGGGAGUACCAGGAGAAGGUUCAUAGUCUGCGGGCCACCAUGGAGGAGUACACACAAAAAAUCCAUGAGCUUAUGGUGAAAACAGAGGCCUUGGAGAAGGAAAUCCAGUGGGAAAUUGCAGAGAGGGCCAAGAGAGGGAAGGAAGCUCCUACCCUGAGCUCUGCUGAGCUGGAAGAAAUGGCAGCUAAAAUGAAGAAGGAACUGGACGCCAAAGCCAAACAAAGUGUCCAGCUGGAGAAAAGCCUGGAGAUGGUGGGAAUGGCCUUGGAAGAGGCAGAACACAGCCUUCAGAUUUCUCCGAUUCACCUCCCCGAGCCACAGCCAAGCACUUCCUUGGCCAUCCACGGAACCUCCAGAACCCCCUGGUGUCCAGCUUGAACCCUGAGGGUGUGUAUGUUUGAACUGGCCUAAGUCCCUCGUGUGCUUAAUGCCUGGUCUUGCCAAGAAGUCCUGCAACUGUUCUAACCUUGCUCUGCUGGGGACAACUUUCAUCUGCAGGGAGUUUGCAAACUCUUCAGCUUCCCAGUUUUUCUCUCUUUCUUUCUCUCCUCCUUUAGAACAGUAGCAGUUUGGUUCUUUUUUGAGGCUUAUACCAAAAUUGUUAGGACCUGCAGUAACUAAAGAUAAGGGGAAAGAGGCUAAGAACAAGAGCAGACAGAAUCAUUGGACAUUGCUUCAGGGACUUGAAGUGACAGGCCCAGGGCCAAGUGUGGGUAUAGUCCAUUAGUUGCAUGCUGUGUGGAGAAUGGGAUGUUGACAAAUACUUGCCAGUUAACAUUGUGGCUGUUUGCAGAAUGGCAUCUUGUUGGAGAACAGUUGCUUUAGCUUCCCAGUAUUGCUUAUUAGGUUGAGGUUACUUGUACAUUCAAGCAUAGUUUAAAACUUACUGAAAGGUUAUUGCCAUGCUCUUGAAAUUAGUUUGUCCUUCAUCUAUGCUUCUUCAAUCAAAUUCCACACUUGGGCUUGGAUGCUAACAGAGUUGAUGGUGAUAGGUUUUUUACCUUUCCUGUUUUAUAGUCUGGAUAAACAAUGCAUGCUUCAUUAUCUUGAAUGAAUUAAUUGCAGUUUUUUCUCCCUGUAUCAUUAAUUGUUUCAUCUUGGGGGAGGAAAGGUUGUUCUGGUCACAUGAGAAUAUGAAAUGCCAUACUUUAGAGCACACCCAAGUUGAUAUGUACAGUUUUAAGAUUCAGUUUUGAACUUCUCAGUCUUUUAGACAAAUAAAAUUAGGUGCUGUGUAGGAAAUGAAAGGGAGACUUUUUACAUUGCACUCGUAGGUCCAGUGUCCGUAGGAAACAUUUAGAUCAGCUCAGGAACAAUCUCUUCUUUAAUUUAAAGUUUUUGUUCAACAGAAAAUUUGUAUCAAUUUUUACUUCUCAGUUCAAAGCCAUUAGAGUGGAUAAGAAUUCCACUUGCUUGCCUGGAAAUGGUGGAAUAGUUUGGCUGAGAUCUCUGCUUGGCUUAAAGUUUUGUAUUGUAAUUCAUGUAUACAAAGACAGUCCCCUUGAGUGUCAGCCAGAAAGCUCGGUCAGUCAGAGGAGACUCGUGUGCUUUUCUGCCCCAGAUGAAACCACACAAGAAUCAAUGUUUGUGUUGUUUUCACAGAUCAGGUUUUUAAACCCUUUGUAGUGGAGCUGUUGAAGGAAUCACAUGGCAUUAGUUCCACUGGUCUGCAAGUCCAUGGAAUGUUCUGCUGGUCUCUUUAUAUUCCACCAGGAGCUUCAUGGUUAUUCUCCUUGGUUGUGUCCAUAGAAAGGAUGGGAAAAAGCCAAAUCCUCAAGAUAUCUUGGAGGUAUUCUGGGUGAUAUCUUUUGAGCAUCAGAUCUUUAGCACUUCAGUCACUGGCCCCAGAGUAAGUGUGUGUAGUGACCCAGCAUAGUGCAGUGGAUUGAGCACUGGAAUACAACUCUGGAGAGUGAGAGAUUCCUCACUUGGCCAUUGAAACCCACUGAGUGACCUUGGGCAAAUCACACUCAGCCCCAGAAAACCCCAUGAUAGGUUCACCUUAGGGUUGCCAUAAGUCAGAAAUGACUUGAAGGCACACAACAAGAACAACAUGAACAACAUGCAUCUGAUGAUUAUUUUUCAUGGAUUUGGAGUCUAGUCUCAUUACUAGGAGACCUUCAGCUUAUUGUUGUUAUAACACCUGUGUAAUUAUUUCAUCUUGCUCCAUCUGUUUGUGGCUCUAUUUUAUUAAACUAAAUAAGUCUGCCCAAAUUGUUUUUCUCUGGCUAUGGUUGUGUGUUCAACUUUGAGGAUGCUUUCUGAGAACAUUCGCCUGAUACUCCUCUUCAAACAUGGGAGCAUUUGAGAAAUAAAACAUGGUCUUGCUUUGGACUAGAUUACUAUGCUUGUGGUUGAUAUUGUGUGAUUUUCUACAUUGUGAUGCUGCAUCUAGGAUAAUCCUUUCUGCAUUCUUCUGUCACAUACUUAACAUUCAUUUCAAAGUUUGCACUCAUUUCAGGUAGAUCCAGCCAUUGUAAACACUGUGUCAGUGUUUUUGUUUAAAGUGCAAUUGCAUGGAAUAGGUUCUUUCCCCUCCACUUUCUGUCAUCUUCUCAUUUACCAAACAGUAAGCAAUCAUAAUGGGAUCACUUCGUUUAUUUUUGUGUGUCUUGCAGUCAUAUCAACAAAGCAGAGCAUCUGGAGGUAAAAAGGCCAGCCAAGAAGGACUGAUUGCCUUGCGAAUAUAACUGUAUAGAAAAAAACUGUUUCAUGUAUGUAUUUGACUUCUUUUUAUGAUGAUCGGAUGGGUGUAGAUGGUUGUGCAAAAAUAUUUUGCAGACUUUUUUUUAAAAAGAGAAAAGGAAUUUGAUCCAUUUGGAGGAAAUAAACUUGAUGUGUUUUUAAAAAUCCCUUUUGUGAUCAUUUAAAAUGAAGAUGCUGUUUGUGGCUUCUCUGAAAAUGUAUAUAGCCUUUCUUAUUUUAAAACUUGAUCACAUAUAACAGUGCUUAGGAUUAAAUAACAGCUGUCCUGGAGGAGUGUGAAGCCUGCUGGGGAUGAACUAUCCAAAUCAUACAGUAGCAAGUCCUCUACAUCCAUUCUGAAGUUUAUACUACAAGAUAACUGCCGAACAACAAAAGGCCAGAACUCUUUACUGUACUGUAUCAAAGCGCUGGAGUGCUCCUUCAUGCAUGCAUGUGUACAUUGUUGAACAGCAUUUAUUUUUAUCAUGUAUGUUUUAUAUUUUCUGGAAAUACAGAACUCUUUUUAAUUGGAAUGGGAGAAGUAAACUCCAUUUCUUGUGAAUCUAUAAACACAAAAGACAAGUCAUUUUAGGAUAGAGUAUUUAUGGCCAUCAUGUUGUUAUUGAGACUGAAUGCAUUUCAGGAAAGACCUUUCAGAUCUGGUAGAAUGGGAUUUAGGUGCUAGCACUAUCUUGCCAUUUGUGGCUCAUGCCAAGUGUUACAUUAUCAGAUUUUGCUUACAGAGAAUUAAAUUUCAUCAGUUGCAUCUAUAGAUAGGUGCAUAUUUAUUGUCUUUAAAGUCUUGUGAUGGAAUACAUUUGAGGUAUGAAUUCUAUGCUCCCCCCUAGCCCAAGCUGUAUAAAAGUAGAAUUUCCUCUGUAAGUGAAUCACUGGUGACUUUUGACAGCCUUGAACUUUGUGCUGCAUGAAGGAAGUCCUCCAUGCAAUCUCUGGCUGCUGGUUUGUGUAUUUUGAUCUUCCUGUCUUGCAGAGUAGCUUCUACAAGGCUUCUUUUUCAUAUUGAACAAAAAGGCCACCCAGUGAAGCACUAGUAGUGCAGUGCAAUACUGGCUGUAUAUUGGCUGUAUAUAAUUUGUUGUAUUUUGAUAGCAGUUUAGAUGCCAUUAGAAGGGUAUGUAUCUGCACAUUCAAGGUUUAGUAAAGGGAAUGGUUUAAAAUGUUAAGAUACCCUUGAUGUCACCAUCCUUCUAUUUGGCCCUUUCUAAUGUCCUACACUGGGCUGGAGGUUUCUUGGACCUACUUUUCAGUGCCCCUUAUCAGCUAGGUCUGAUGACCUGUUCAGAGAUUUGAAUGGGAAGCAGUGGACAGAAAGCUGCAAUAGAAAGAAUGGAUGUCUUUCUCCCUUUCCAUUCAUAACAGCCAUUUCACUUUAGAAUUCAUUAUACAGUUGGCCCUCCGUUUUUGCAGUGGAUCUGUUCUGAACCCUUCGUGAAAACAGAGGCUUGUGUAUAUUCAAGCCACAUAAGCUUGAAUGGGAUUGCCCCCGUGUGCAUGGCCGAGGGAGCCUGUGCCAUUGAAGACAACAGAGGUCGCCCCUCCACGAAUAUUCAAGGGUGUGGAUUAGUUAGGGGCGACUAUACAGUGUUCAUUCAUCCUGCUGCUGAGCAUGUUGCAAGGAAAGGAGAAAAUAGAGCAAAAGAGGGAAUUUCCCCAAAAGAGGAAAAGUUUGAUCCAUCUUCAUCUUCAGGACUUUUAGUCAGUAAUGUUGCUAUUGUGUCCUGAUUAGACCUUAGAACAGACUGUGAAACUGAGUGUCCUAAUUUAAUAUAAACAUCAAUACGGCCUGCAGUAUGUUCCUGCAGUUUAACUAUUGUCUUACCUAGCUAAGUUAUUUUUAGAAAACUCAAAAUGAGCCAGAUUACUUUCAAGGCAUGUCUUCCGGUGCCUUUAGGAUAUUUCAUUCACAGGGGUGAUCAUUGUACUUUUGUACUGAUGCUAGUUGUUCAACAGGCUAAGAAAAAACAGCUGAUAGCAGGACUUCUCUUUUGAAAUCCCUGGAUCCCACACUUAGGAUGAGUCUGAUUGUAGUCCAGCAGGAUGUGAAGUUGUAUGGAAAGAAAAUACUUUGUUUAUUAUACAGUAUGCAAAGCAAGAGCCAAGUAGUUCCAGUUACUAAGAAGCACAGAAGUACCAAGAAUUUAAGCUGCUCUUUUUCAGUCAGGCUGGCAAUUCUGUCUCCUACUUCAGACAUGCAGUCAUUCCACCUUUUUCAACAGAUGCUGCACGUCUCACAAAAGUUUAUGCACAAGUUCAAAAUUAUGAAUUAAAAAUUGUGAUAUUUUCCCUAAACCAAGUGGGUGUAUCUUUUAGCAAAACAGGGGACCCAGCAUUGGUAAAAACUAGUUGAAAAUCUUUCCAAUGUGUUUUGCUGUCCUUGCUCAUGUGUGAAAAGUAUUGGGAGGAAGCAUUGUGUUUUUUUGUCCUUAACAUUUUAAAAGACACAAGUUGUUCAUUUUACCAGGUCUGAACGAACCCCUUACAUGAUCCAUUACAUGGAACUGGUUUCUGAUGUACUUAACUCAGUUGUUUUUACCGCAGCCUUAACUUACAACCUCAACUUGUUUCCAAAUAUAAAGCAGCAGAUUCCACAUUUCUUGCGACAGCCACAAAAAGAACAUCCUAGACCCGAAGUAGGAGUCAUAAUUACCCUCCUCUGUCACAUUUGUCUACAAUUUUUUAAAAAAUUGCCAAAAUUACUGCUCUGAAAGCCUCCUGGAGUGGUGAUUCUCUGCUAGAGCAAGUUGAAGCUCUGGCUUUAGUGGAGGGCAUUUUUAAUCAAUGGAAAUACAUUUUGGGAGGUGGUAUCAUCCACAGAAGGUCACAGAGGCAAAAUAGUUUGCUGGAUCUCUGGAGUUUGCCAGCUCCUGUUCUAGGACUCAUGCCAGGAAGGGAUGGGAUGGGAUGGGAACACAAAAUUAGGUAGAAUCUCUAUCAUUUUUCUAAGCUUGAUUCUUUUUAAACUAUGCCGAUUUGAUUUAUAAUAGGUGAGGAUAAAAGAAACACCAUUUUCAAACUGUGUGGUGGGAGCAGCUUUUUUUAAAAAUAGGUGAAUUUUAGUAGAGUAAGGUAAGAAGAAAUGAUACAAUAUUUACUAAUAGGAUUUCCCCCCUGACAUCCCCCCCCCCCCCCCGUAUUUAUGUUGCUCAAAGCUGAUGUAUGUUCUCAUUGUGAAAUCUAGGGAAGCAAAUCCAGGUAUGGGAGGAUUGAAUGAAUGGUUGGUUGGGAGACCAUAAAUAGCUCUGGAAGCCCUGGUCUCUUUCUCUCUUUUUUAAAAAAAUGUUCUUUUGUAUAUCAUGUAUAUGAAAUGUGAUUUCUUUGUUCUCCAGCUAGGGAAAAAAAUAAUGUCUGAAUGUAUAUAUAACAUGCAAUUUGUGGUUUCAAAUUAUAAUAAAACUCCUAAAAAUAA